GCUCGCAGCCCGGGGCGGACGCUCGACCUCCGCUCUGCGGAGCCGGGAAUGGGGCAAAACGGAGCGAGGCAGCACCGAGCGCUGACCCGCCCGCACCGCCGCUCACCGGCACACACAGCCCCGUCCGCCUCCCGCGCCGGUCGCCACCUCCCCGGAAGCCGGCGGGCGGCUUUCUGCCGUCCCGGAGCUCAUUCUCGCUAGCGCCGCCUGUCGCCGCGGAGGACCCGGCCCGGCCGCUUGGCCUCCACCUCCCGGCUUCCCCGGGCCUGCGCGGACCGCAGCAGCUCCCCGUUCCGCCCGGCGAGUCGCGGCCUGGCUCGGGCCGCUGCGGCUGCGGAGGGGUUGGGCGGAGCGGGCGCGGGGCGCGAUGGCGGCGGCGAGCGGCUCGUCCGGGAGCGGGAUGGCGCAGAAGACGUGGGAGCUGGCCAACAACAUGCAGGAGGCGCAGAGCAUCGACGAGAUCUACAAGUACGACCGCAAGCAGCAGCAGGAGAUCCUGGCGGCCAAACCCUGGACUAAGGACCACCAUUACUUCAAGUACUGCAAGAUCUCGGCGCUGGCCCUGCUGAAGAUGGUGAUGCACGCCCGCUCGGGGGGCAACCUGGAGGUGAUGGGGCUGAUGCUGGGCAAGGUGGACGGGGAGACCAUGAUCAUCAUGGACAGCUUCGCUCUGCCGGUGGAGGGCACCGAGACCCGCGUCAACGCGCAGGCGGCCGCCUACGAGUACAUGGCCGCCUACAUCGAGAACGCCAAGCAGGUUGGUCGUCUAGAAAAUGCAAUUGGCUGGUACCACAGUCACCCUGGCUACGGCUGCUGGCUCUCUGGGAUCGAUGUCAGUACUCAGAUGCUUAAUCAGCAAUUUCAAGAACCCUUUGUAGCAGUGGUGAUUGAUCCAACAAGAACAAUAUCUGCAGGAAAAGUAAAUCUCGGUGCAUUUAGGACAUAUCCUAAGGGGUACAAACCUCCGGAUGAAGGUCCUUCUGAAUACCAAACUAUUCCACUUAAUAAAAUAGAAGACUUUGGUGUUCAUUGUAAACAGUAUUAUGCAUUAGAAGUCUCUUACUUCAAAUCAUCUUUGGAUCGUAAAUUGCUUGAGCUUCUGUGGAACAAGUACUGGGUGAACACUCUCAGCUCUUCUAGUUUGCUUACUAAUGCUGACUACACCACUGGCCAAGUCUUCGAUUUGUCUGAAAAAUUAGAACAGUCGGAAGCUCAGCUUGGACGGGGCAGUUUUAUGCUGGGUUUAGAGACUCACGAUAAGAAAUCAGAGGACAAACUUGCUAAAGCAACAAGAGACAGCUGCAAGACCACCAUAGAAGCUAUACAUGGAUUGAUGUCUCAGGUUAUUAAGGAUAAACUUUUUAAUCAAAUUAAUAUAGCUUGAAAUGCAUCGCUAGCUGAUAUGAAUCUCCAAAGCAGAAAAAAGUUAUGGUUUCUUUCACUUGGACUUGUUCAAUUUGGGAAAGGGAUCUGAAGUGGAAAAUUAUUCAUUUAAAUUGUAGUACUUUAAUAUUCCCCACCUGUCCGACCGGCUUUAAAGAACAAAACGUUCUGAAAUGUAAUGUAACUUUUUGUUCUUUACCAUAAGACACAACCAGUUUUGAGACUUGCUCCAAAAGGAAAAUAAAUGUGACUUACUGGAUUUUGGUCUGAAUUAUUUAUCUCUAGUACCUAAUUGUAAUAAAACAGUUUGAAAAAUGAA